UACUGAGCAUUUAUCGUUGUAUUAGUCACCACUUGCCACUUUCAGUCACGAAGCUGCAUCACGUAUGAACUAACGUUUUCGUUUAUCACACGUUAAUGAAAAUAAGCCACAAUUCGAUUUUUGACUCUUCGCUAUAUUUUAGGCCGAACGUUUGCUUUGAUUUAUUUGUUCGCACUUUCGAAGGAUUCCCUACUGCUAACAAUAGGAAAAUAUUUUCGUUCCACUGCAGCCGUGUGAUCGUCGAAUGACAAAUUUCUUUAAACCUGAAGACGACUAGUUGACAAACUAUUGGUUCGAGUGUUGGAGAAACUAUCAAAAUCAAGGGAUUCAUCAAAACCAAUUUAAAAAAUCGUGUUCAUAACAUAGCCAAGUAUACCAUCGGCCUUGGCGCGAUUAGCGAGAGCGAUGAGAAAAUCGAGAUUGAAAUAUUGGAAUUCGAAGGACCCCAUACGUUUCAAAUAGGUGAAUACGUCGCUGUCAUUGGUGAGGUGAAGGCUCGUGGGGACUUUUGCUGCAUGAGAGUUACAGAUUUAACAAAAAUUAAAUUGAUCCCUCUCGAUGUUUCAUCGGAUCAUCGUAAGAGGAACAUGCCAGAGAUAUCGAAAAUUGUAAAAAUAAAGCGCAGUUCUGAACCAUCUACUUCAAAGAAAAUAUAAGAAUUGAGUAACAGCAUUGAUUUUCGUUCUGCAUGGUCCCUCGGUAAUUACUGUUCAUCGUUUCUUCCGCCACGAAAACUGAUCGACAGCGACACACCGCGGAAUUGAUAUUUUCCCGUUAAAUUAAGAAAAAAAUCCAAGAAUUAACGUCGAGGAAGAAAUUAUUGCUGUCAUGCUAUAUAUUUUUUAUCGAUCUUCAGGAUUUGUAAGCUCUUCUUAUGAGAUCAGUUUUAGUUGCACAUAUUUUUUGCAUCAGUUUAUUUUUGUGUGCGGUUUUCAGGUUUUUGUAAAUUAAAGAAAGCAAACAGAUUAGAAAGCACUUGCGCUCAUAGAAUGGAGCAUUCUUUAAUUCCGUUUAUCUUCGUCGUCGUAUUGCAGAAAAACAAUUUAAUCAGUUUAGUCCAUUGCUAUUUCCGCAAAAUUGACCUUCACAAGCCUAUCUUAUCUUCCUUUUAGUUUUAACAAUAUUACUUUUUUCAUUACUCGAUCAACUAGCAACGGAUAAUUGAUAAAAUUAUAAGAUAAUAAUGAGACGAGCAAGUAAAAAAUGCACUAUAAAUCUUUGGAUUAUUCGAGGCUUCCAGCCAGUGCAAUAGUUGCUUUCAGUUCCUGCAAAUCAGGCCUUGAAAUACGCAGAGACCUAUAGCCGUGUGUCUGGCAAAAAAAGGAAAAGUUUCCAAAAAUAUAGCGACAAAAUAUAGUUUUUCUCCAAUUCACGUUUUUUAUCACCGACAAACAUAAUCCGAUCGCAAUAUUUUCAAUUGACUAACAGAAAAUGGAAAAUCAGCCAGAGUUGGGAGGACCGGGAGGUGGUUUUUUACAUAAAUGGGAGAGAGCGCACCCUUAUUACAUGUUUUUCAACGACUUGUCGACCAAUGAAGAGCACCCCUUGAGCGUCAAGUUCUCCGAUCUUCUUGACGGAAGCAUGGGCGAAAUACGACGGAGCUUGCAUACGACUCUGACGUCUGACCUUGAAUGGAUGUGGCAGGAAUAUGUGAGGGCUGGUUUGGAAGAUCAAAUCGAAAGUAUUACUGUGUUUCGUGACGCUGACAGAGAGCAUACGGACUACGCGCACGUUAAAAUCGUAACUCACAACGUUUCAGUCCUCCAAUCUGAGUACGGCUGUCAGCAUGCCAAAAUUUCAAUAUUUCAGUAUCGAGAUGAAGCCAUAAGGAUUGUCGUUUUCACCGGUAAUCUUAAACCCCAUUAUUGGAGAGAGUGUAAAAAUGGCCUGUGGGUGUCUCCGAGUUUGCCACGGAUGGUGGAUUCCGCAGCUGACACUGAUGGCGAUUCCCCAACGGGAUUCAAAAGCGAUUUCCUCUUGUUUUUGAGGGCGUACGACGAUCGAAUGAACGAUUGGAUCGAUAUUGUUAAAAGAGCUGAUUGCUCCGCGGUAAAUGUGGCUUUUGUAGCGUCAGUUCCCGGUGUAUUUCCAAAUGACGAUGCUCGGUGGGGUCAUAAAAAAUUGCGCGCACUUUUACACGAACACAUGGUCAUACCCGAAAACAAACUUCCCACGACUAUCAUCAUUCAGACAUUAGAGAUCAGCGAGCCGAAUAACGCCUUUCUUCCGUGGGUUCGUGAAAAAAUGCUUCGUGCAAUGGUCAGACCUGACGAAAAUGAAACAUUAGUAAAUUUACACCUCCUCGCUUCAAGCAUUGGACCAUUUCUACCAAAUAGUUCGAUGGCACAAUUUAUCGGGGAAAGUCAAGCUGACCGGUGGUGUGGAUCAAACGCACCGUGGCACAUAAAAAGCUACGCUAGGCUGUACGACGACGACAAGAAGAUUUUGUUUUUCGUUAUGGGAUCAGCCAAUCUCAGUAAGGCUGCUUGGGGUCACGACGGAUUUGAAUUCGGUGGUAUAUCGGGACAUCGAGUGCUCAGCUACGAGGCCAACGUCGUUUUCUUCCCAAAAUUUGUGACAGGCCAAGAGUGUUUUUUCGUUCGCGAGGAUCCUGGAAGACAAGGGCCAAUAUUUGCCUUGCCAUAUGAUUUGCCUCUCAUUCCUCAUCGUCGUUUCAAUCCGAGGGCUUGGCCCGCAGUUAACGCAGUUUAGGGAAGGUCUGACAGUUUCCCUACAUUUUUCCUCAGGUUUUGGGUUUCCCUCGGUCCUGCGACAUUGUAGUGGAAUGGGCAUAAGUUUUAAGAAUCAGGAUUAAGGAGUUUCGGUACAGGCGAUACAAUGUUGCCAUGCUAAACCAUGCUAAAAGCAUAAAAAAUUUCAAAAAGUUCAGAAUUUUAUAAAAUUUGGUGAACA